UUUCUCCACACAAACUCUUUGCCACUUAGCUAACCAUUCUACUGCUACAGCUGUUCUGCUUCUCUUCACGCAAAAAAUAACAAAUAUCAAAUAUGGAAUUCAUUUCCUUGUUCUUUUCUCUAUCUUCUGCUUCAAUUUUAUUCAUCUUUCUCUUUCAUUCUCUCCUCAAAUUCUUUAACUCCAAUCACCGGACUUUGCCUCUCCCUCCUGGCUCAUUGGGUUGGCCUUACAUUGGCGAAACCUUCCAACUCUAUUCUCAAAACCCAAAUGUCUUUUUUGCCUCUAAACAGAAGAGGUUUGGCUCUGUCUUCAAGACCCACAUCUUGGGUUGUCCCUGUGUGAUGAUUUCAAGCCCAGAAGCUGCAAGAUUUGUGCUUGUAACAAGAGCUCAUCUCUUCAAGCCAACAUUUCCAGCAAGUAAAGAAAGGAUGUUAGGCAAACAAGCCAUCUUCUUUCACCAAGGAGACUACCAUGCCCAAUUGAGAAGACUUGUUCUUCGUGCUUUCGUACCUGAAUCGAUCAAAAACAUUGUCUCUGACAUCGAAUCCAUUGCAAAGGACUCUCUUAAAUCUUGGGAAGGAAGAAUUGUCAACACUUUCCAAGAAAUGAAAACAUUCACGUUCAACGUUGCACUGCUUUCAAUAUUUGGAAAAGAAGAGUCUCUAUACAGAGAAGAUCUGAAGAGAUGUUACUACAUUCUUGAGAAAGGAUACAAUUCAAUGCCCAUUAAUCUACCAGGGACACUCUUCAACAAAUCCAUGAAAGCAAGAAAAGAGCUUUCUCAGAUCUUAGCCAAAAUUCUCUCUAGCAGAAGGGAAAUGAAUCUUCAUCAAAACGACCUGCUUGGAUCUUUCAUGGGUGACAGGGAAGGCCUCACUGACGAACAAAUCGCCGAUAACAUUAUAGGUGUUAUCUUUGCAGCUCGUGACACAACAGCUAGUGUUCUAACAUGGAUUCUCAAGUACCUUGGAGAAAACCCCGGUGUCCUUCAAGCUGUCAUCGAAGAGCAAGAGGACAUAGCAGCCAGUAAAGAGAACUGUGGUGAGGAGAAGCUUCUCAGUUGGGCAGAUACCAAGAAGAUGCCAAUUUCUUCAAGGGUGAUUCAAGAGACACUGAGAGUUGCUUCAAUUUUGUCUUUUACAUUCAGAGAGGCUGUUGAGGAUGUUGAGUAUCAAGGAUAUUUGAUCCCAAAAGGAUGGAAAGUUUUGCCGCUUUUCAGAAACAUUCACCAUAACCCAGAAAUCUUUCCAGAUCCUGAAAAGUUUGAUCCUACAAGAUUUGAGGUUGCACCGAAGCCCAAUACUUUCAUGCCAUUUGGCAAUGGGACACAUUCAUGUCCGGGGAAUGAGUUAGCUAAGCUGGAGAUUUUGGUCCUCCUCCAUCACCUGACCACUAAGUACAGAUGGUCUAUGGUGGGUUCAGACAAUGGGAUUCAGUAUGGCCCUUUUGCCCUUCCCCAGAAUGGCUUGCCAAUCAAAUUGUCCCAGAAACCAUAGUUUUGUUCUCCAACUUCAAGAGAGAAAGGGGCACCAUUGACUUCACAAGAAGCAAAGGGCCUCUUCCUUUAUAUGGGCUUUCUUCUUUAUUCAAAGGCAUGAUGAAGAGACGGAGAAACCAAAUAAAGGUGAAGAAUGUUAUACAAAAGGGGAAAUCAAUUGUACAGAAGUCUCAUAACCAAAAAGAAACAAAAGCAUAUAUUUUAUGUUCAAUUUUUCUUUUAUUGAUUUGAGAUUAGAAAAAAAAAAAAAAAAGAUUAGUGCAUAAUGCAAGUCGGUUUAACCACAAAUUGUGAUUAGUUUGUAUUUAGGUAUGUAUAGAUUAAAGCCGCAAGGCAAAAUCAGAAAAUUCCAAUUCAAUGAAGGAAAUUUUUAUUUA